UUGACCCAACAUGACGGUUAAGAACUGACUCCAGAACAGCAGUUUGUAGGCCCCGUAUUCUCCCUUAUCACGUUUUGCAAACCUGUCCUGUACCCGCUUCCUCGUCCGAGCAGCGGGUCUGUCAAGGUCCAAAAUGGCCCUGAGUGUGUUAUAUCGAAGUCAAAGUAACGCGAAACUCGUUCAGAAAUGUGUUCAGACACAAGCUGUCAGACUCUCACACACUGUCUUACGGAGAGACACUGAACUGAAACACACACUGUCACCGCAGAGACUUCACUGCUGCAUGGUGAGUGUGAGUCAGUGGCACACCUGCAGAAUAAGUCAACAUCUGUAUCAACACUCCUCGAGAACGUUUUCCUCACUCCCUCCUCCGCCUUCGUCAAGAGAUCAGCAGAAAAAGUCUGGGCCUGUGACGUGGAAAUCUUUAGCAAUAACAUUUGCUAUUGGAGGUACUCUGCUCGGAUCGAUGAAAUAUUUCAAAAAAGAAAAGGAAGAAUUGAUUGAAAAAGAAAGGACCAAAUCAAUCGGUCGACCGGCGCUCGGUGGUCCGUUCUCGCUUGUCGAUCACAACAACAAGCCGUCGAAGAGCGAGGACUUCCUGGGUCAGUGGGUCCUCAUCUACUUCGGGUUCACUCACUGCCCCGACAUCUGCCCGGACGAGAUCGAGAAAAUGAUCGAGGUCGUCGACGAAAUAGAUAAAAUAAAGUCUCUUCCCAACCUGACGCCCAUCCUGAUCACCAUCGAUCCUGACAGAGACACACCUGAGGCCAUGGCUGCAUAUGUGAAAGAGUUUUCACCAAAGCUGAUUGGUCUGACGGGAGCAACCGCUCAGGUGGAGGAGGUCUCCAGAGCUUACAGAGUCUAUUACAGCCAAGGACCGAAGGAUGACGACAACGACUACAUCGUCGAUCACACUAUCAUCAUGUACCUGGUUGGACCUGACGGAGAGUUUUUGGAGUAUUUUGGACAGAACAAGAAAAGUGUGGAGAUCACCAACUCGAUAGCGGCCAACAUGAGGAAGUAUAAGAAGGCAAAGUGAGCGCUAGCUGGGCGGCUAAAAGCCAAUCAUGGACUGACUGACACAUCCUGUCCUCGGGCGUUCAAUUCUGGUUCACUGAAAUCACUUCCUGUAUUUAUUUUUGAAAGUGUCUGCUGUGCUGUCACAUUCCUUUCAAGACUGAGUCCUGCUCGAGUUCAACUCAUCAGCUCCAAUAUGCUCAAUAUCGCUGAUUUUUGAUUCAAAGAAAACGGAAUAUCUGAGGACAAAUUCUGUAAAUUAUAAGAUUUUGUGAUAAAAUUACAAAAAACAAAUAAAACUGUGCCUUUGGUGGGUU